GGCACCAUUUUGUGAAGCCACUCAAGCCUGCGAGAGUUGUGGUGGGAAUAUUUGUAUUUUGUUGCUAGUGAGCUAGCAAAACUUGGUGUGAACUGUUAACGACUGACCAAACAUAGCUUGCUAUUUUUUUUUAAAUAUAUUUUUUACAAUAGCAAUUAGUUAAAUUAACGUUAAAAGUGGUCUCCUAACUUUUAAAACACGAAAGUUAGUUAUCAGUCUACGGAUGUCUGGAGAUAAUAUGUCGGGCGGCGGGAGCGUGGUUCGUGGCCCAGCGGGAAACAACGACUGUCGGAUCUACGUGGGUAACCUGCCGCCUGAUAUUCGCACUAAAGACGUGGAGGAUGUGUUUUAUAAGUACGGGGCGAUCCGAGAUAUCGAUCUGAAGAACCGGAGAGGAGGACCUCCGUUCGCUUUUGUGGAAUUCGAGGACCCCAGGGAUGCUGAUGACGCGGUGCACGGUCGCGAUGGUUACGACUACGAUGGUUACCGUCUCCGGGUGGAGUUCCCCCGUAGUGGGCGUGGGGGAGGGAGAGGGGGUGGUGGCGGCGGCAGGGGUGGCGGCGGCGGCGAUGGAGGAGGAGCCCCAAGAGGUCGAUACGGACCUCCCUCACGGCGCUCAGAGUACAGAGUCAUCGUCUCAGGUCUCCCCUCUAGUGGUAGCUGGCAGGACCUAAAGGACCACAUGCGUGAGGCAGGUGAUGUAUGUUACGCUGACGUGUUCCGGGACGGUACCGGUGUGGUGGAGUUCGUACGCAAGGAGGACAUGACCUACGCUGUCCGCAAGCUGGACAACACCAAGUUCCGCUCCCACGAGGGAGAGACUGCGUAUGUGCGUGUGAAGGUGGACGGACCUCGCAGCCCCAGUUACGGACGCUCCCGCUCUCGUAGCCGUAGCAACGGGCGUAGCAACGGGCGUAGCAACAGCCGCUCGCGCAGCUUCUCGCCGCCGCGACGCAGCCGUCCCUCGCCACGCUACUCGCCACGACACUCCCGAUCACGCUCCCGCAGCUAGACACAAACCACACACACACACACACCUCACCUCCAGCCCAGCGGCCCCCAGGGAGAGGAUACAUCAGACCAGGAGACGGACAGACGCCGCCCGGUGGACAUUCUAAUGAAUUACACCUAAUGUUCUCUUGCCUCGGCCACCUCUUGUUCUUUCAUCCCCGUUUCCUGGUCUAGUUUGCCUCAGCUGUGGUUUUGGCUUCUGACCUCUGUUCUCUUUGUAUCUGCUGACCCCUCAUCUUCCCCCGCUCUCUCUCCCAUCUCCCCCCCCCCCCAUCUGUGUAAAGGGCUUUAAUUGUUCUGUUUCUAUUAGUUUUGACUGGGGGGGAGAUUUAAUUGUGUGUUUAUGUGGGGAGGGAUGGUAUUUUCUUUGGCCAUUUGUGGUGUCUGUGAUGUGUUGUUGUGCUGACCUCUGACCUGUCUGUCGUGUCUCUCUGUAGAGAUCACAGGAGCAAGCUGAUAGGCUGCUGGGAAACAGGAAACUGUUCAUAUUAGGAUUAACAGGAGGAGCAGGAGGAGUCAAAUAACCAGCCAAUGGAGGGCUGUGAUUGGAGGAGGGCUCUGUCUCCCCGUCCUGGAGCCAAUCAGACCUUCAGGAUUCAGGAUCAGAGCAGGGAUUAGGAUUA